UAAACCCACGGUUUUAGGUAAGGAGGGAAUAAAGCAGGCACCGGCGAAGAUGUUUGUACGGAAAGCAGCGGUUAGUUUGCUAAGGAGAGUUCGCCUUCCUUCUCAAUCCAUCUACGUUUCGGCUUCUGCUUCCCGACCAGUUAAGGCAACCGCCACUCCAUUGCCGUUUCCUCUUUCCAGCAAAAUAAAAUUCCCCUAUCAAAUUGGUUAUGGGAGUUCAUGGAGGAUGAACCAUGCUGAUCCUUCUAUUUGGAUUAUUCUGUCUGUACAAGCUGCUAUAAUUUUGGGUAUAAAUGUCAACCAUGUUUUAGCAGAAGAUGUGUCAACAAGUUCUGAAAGUGAUGAGCAAGGUGCUAAUAUUGUUGGAUUACGCAAAAUCGAGGAUGGCUCUGUGAUAUCCAAUAUACACACAUCUAAGUGGAGAGUUUUUACGGAUAAUGGGAGGGACUACUUUUUGCAGGGAAAACUAGAGGAAGCAGAAAAGUUCUUCCUUUCCGCACUCAAGGAAGCGAAAGAAGGAUUUGGGGAGAGGGAUUCCCAUGUUGCAUCUGCAUGCAACAAUCUGGCAGAGCUUUACAGAGUUAAAAAGGCAUUUGACAAGGCAGAACCUUUGUAUUUAGAGGCCAUCAACAUACUAGAGGAGGCAUUUGGCUCUGAAGAUAUACGUGUAGGAGUUGCCUUGCACAACCUGGGACAGUUCUAUCUUGUCCAGAGAAAACUGGAAGAAUCUCAGAUGUGCUAUGAGCGUGCUUUAAAGAUCAAGGGACGUGUUUUGGGACAUAGCAACAUAGAUUAUGCAGAUACAAUGUAUCACCUUGGCACGGUACUAUAUCUCCAAGAAAAAGUAACGGACUCUGAGGUCCUUAUUCUGGAUUCCAUCAGAAUAUUAGAGGAAGGUGGUCAAGGGGAGUCAAUAGCAUGCAUCAGGAGAUUACGGUACCUGGCUCAGAUGUAUAUAAAAUCCAAUCGUACUGCCGAAGCUGAAAAUGUACAGAGAAAGAUCCUUCAUAUUGUGGAAUUAUCUAAGGGAUGGAACUCAUUGGACACGGUAAUUGCUGCAGAAAGGUUGGCGUUAACAUUACAAUCAUCUGGGAGCUUAAAAGAAGCACAGGAACUUCUUGAAAGGUGUCUUGAUGCGCGGAAAACAUUACUUCCUGAAGAUCACCUCCAGAUCGGAGCCAACAUGCUUCAUAUUGCUAGGGUGGUAAUUAAUUCCAAUCAACAUAGGAGGAUGCGUGUUUCUGAUGCAAUUGCUGAGCUUGACAAGGCAAAAGGUCUUUUAAACAAUUCAAUGAGAAUAGCAUGGCAAGUUACUACUAAAUUGAAAAGACAAGAACGCAAGAAGCAAAGUUAUGGAGUUUCUGGAAAAACUGGGAGGGAUGGCCAUGCAGCACUGAUCAUACUGUUGCAGUCGCUUGAUGCACUAGGGCUUUUGGAGAUUAGCCGUCAAGAAUUGCAGAAAUCAGUGGACAAGUCUUUAUCUUCUCCUGAGGCUAAGACUGCACAUUUUGAAUGCAUUUCUGCCUACAAAGAGUUUGCAACUGAAAGGUCAAUCAGGGAUUCUCCUGAAGUAAAGGCCGAAUAUCUUUCUUGUUUGAAGCACCUUUCAAAUCUGCUAGACGCUGAAGGGACACAACAAUAUAGAGGAACAACAUCACUAGAGCUGAAGGACGAAAUCAAGCGUGUAGAGCUUGAUAUUUCUUCAUACAGGAGGCGCAAAAGCUAAAGCCAGCAGCUUAUUUUCAUUUAAUCAUGUUUACCCUCAGAAACACAGUAGGUCUUAUUGUUAUUGUAAGUACCUGCCAUUAACCCUUCUGAUAUAUCAAAAGUUGACGUUUGAGUGGGGUAUUCCCCUUUGCUAAUUAGGCUUUGUCCCACUUCCUUA